AUGUCUGACGGAGGGGACUACGAACCCUCAGAUGACUAUGACUCCUCAGAUGAGGAGUUCCCGCCGCUUCCAGACAAGUAUGCCCACGUCGGCAAAGACAGCAUCGAGAGCAUUAUGUCGAAUGCUAAAGAAAAUCGACGACAUUCAAAGCGUCUCUACAGUCAAUUGCAGCCAGAGUUGAAGACGCAGAGUGCCACAUACAACUUUCAUCUCUGGGGUAAUCGCUUCGAGGCUUUUGUGAAAUCUUUGGGCGUAAAAUCUGGCAAUACGCCUACAGAAGCUCAUCUCUGUCGAUUCAUUGCAGUCUUCCCAACUACACCUAGACCUCCUCCUGACGAGGGCAAGAAGUAUAGUAUCAGCACUAUCAGAGCGGCCAUCCCUGCUGUCAUCAAAUGGUGCCAAGUCAACUAUCCAGACUGGAAGAUGACCCCAGCUGGAGAUAUGAAAUUACAAGCCAUCGUGAACAAUCACAUCGACACAGAGAAGGUCUCUACUGCCCCCGCCAAUCAGAAGCAAUGGGUGACAACUCAAAACGUCCGUCAACUCGUAUCGAAUUACCUACAGACUGGCACCCAACUCGGUCUCGCCGACUGGGACAAAGCCGUCUUGAACGUCCUAUGUAUGGUCCUACUAGCAGCAACUGGAGCACGACCAGGAGAUGUUGCCAAAUCGCCUAGGUACACCACCGAGUAUUGCCUUCGCUGGGAGCACAUAGUCAUUGCCCGGUCUUCCCAAACGAACCGUCUUAUCAUGACAAUCACAAUCCACUACGCCAAAGGAAAGAAGACUGAUCCAAGUGGAGUCAUUCACCAUGAGUUCAACGAGUUGGCCGAUGCUUCAGAUAGUCAACUCUGCAUUAUCAAGUGGCUCAUUGUGUGGGCUCUCCGUACGGGUGUUGUUCGAGCUACGUCCUGGGCAGAGCUUAAACAGCAUAUUGACGCGAAUCCCAAAAACGUAGUCGAAUGGCUUCUUCCCAAUCGACCCGUCCUCUGUUGCUGUAUCAGAGGCGGCAUGAGUAAACUCGACUUCGAUAAGCCGCUUAUUGCUGAGCACAUCAGUAGCAAGAUCAGCCAGAUAUGUGCACUUACUCCUAGCGCACCAAAAAUCAUACCCUACGACUUACGUCGCGGUGCUGCAUUUGAGGUGGCCAACCUUGCAAGUGAAUCUCAGUCGGCUGGCGUUUUGGCCGGCGAGGCUGCAGCGGCUCUCUUACUCGGGCAUGGUGCAAGAUCGGUUACAGAUGGCGUAACCAGGAGGUAUAUCGGCAACUUUGGACGUGACGAAUGGACUCCCCGUGUCAAAGCGGUAAACACACAUGAGCGGGCAGGCCAACGUCUCGUGCUACUCGAGAGCCCAGCAAAUACACCUGCCCCAAGACCAAAACGACUCACAACAGAGGCUGUCACAGAGGCUUGCAAACGAGCAAAGGUCGACCCGUCAGACGUUAACAGGCGCAACGUAGUCAAACAACGUAUGAGAGCUCAGCAACGCAACGACGCUCGGGAUGCCGCUCUGAACUCAGCCCGUACUACUCUGUCCUCUAAACCGACUAGUAGUGCAGUCGUGCACACAGCUGUCGCACCUACUGUCAACCCAGCUUUCAGUCCUGCAUUUAACUCAACCUUCAGCACGGCGUUCCAUCCGGCGUUCCAUCCGGCGUCCCCAGCAUUCAACCCUGCUUUUAAUUCAGCCGUCAAUCCAGCCGUCAAUCCAGCCGUCAAUCCAGCCGUCAAUCCAUGGUUUCACCAAGCGUUCAACCCUAUGUUCAAUUCUGCGUUCAGCCCCGCGUUCAGCCUGGCGUUCACCUCUGCGUUCAACCCAAACUUUAACCCGGUGUUCAACGCUGCCGUCAACCCAGAGGGUAUGGGUCUCGCUGGUAACCCGGCCGUCCAUUCAGAUCCCACCCAUCAGGACGGCGAGAAUAUUGCUAGCGACAAAGUCACCGGCCUAGGCGAAGAAUCCGUCUCCAAUGAGACAGGCUCUGAGAACUCCCAAGCCGCAUCCGUGGGUAUUGUUCCACAGUCGCCUCUGGUGCUCGAAUCUGUGACUACCCCCUGGCUGGCUGAAGCUGAUGUCUUUAUCGAAUAUUUCUCGCGAAUCAACGUCUACCAUUACUCUGGCACGAGAAAUGAUGCCUUGCCUUAUUAUGUUGUCUCUGGUGGAAGCCGUGACCCGCCGACGCGGUUCUUUAUGCGAUGCAAAAACCACCCUCUCUGUGAUUUUGCGACACCUAACAAAACAUCCCUCCAAACCCACCACCAACGCUGUAUGAAACCCCUAAACGGGGGUAUGCAGCCAUGGUCUCGGCCCCGAAGCUGA